AUGAGUGCCGCCGCUUAUCAGACCCCUGCCGGCCUGAAGGAUCUUCUGCGCGUGUCAGAUGAAGUCCGCGACGCCGUUGCGACGAACAAACCGGUUGUAGCUCUGGAAUCAACAAUCUACACCCACGGAGCUUUGGGCAAUGACCUCGGCCUUGAGGACAUCGUUCGCCAGGGCGGUGGCGUGCCCGCAGUCUGCGGUGUCUUGAACGGCGAGCCCGUGGUUGGUCUCACUGAGGAGGAGGUUGCGGUCAUGGUCAACUCUGGAAAUGCUAGCAAGGUUUCGAGGAGAGAUUUUGCGCAUAUUGUCGGCUUGGGCCUGACAGGCCGCAAACUCCACGGCGGCACCACCAUCGCCGGCACCAUGCUCCUCGCCCGCCUGGCCGGCAUCCGCGUCUUCGGCACCGGCGGCCUCGGCGGCGUCCACCGCGACGGCGAGAACACCAUGGACGUCUCCGCCGACCUCACGGAGCUCGGCCGCACCCGCGUCGCCGUCGUCAGCGCCGGCUGCAAGGGCUUCCUCGACAUCCCGCGCACCCUCGAGUUCCUCGAGACCCACGGCGCCUUCGUCGCCACCUUCGCCGACGGCCGCACCGGCAAGGUCGACUUCCCCGCCUUCUGGGCCCGCGAGAGCGGCACCAAGAGCCCCCUCGUCGUCCACACCGAGCGCGAGGCCGCCGCCAUGAUCCUCGCGCAGGAGAGGCUCAACAUCGAGUCCGGCAUGCUGUUCGCCAGCCCCAUCCCGGAGAAGGACGAGGUGCCCCGCGUGGAGAUGGACGUGGUCAUCGAGACAGCCGUCAGAGAGGCCAAGGAGAAGGGCUUCACGGGCUCGACUAACACACCGUAUAUCCUUGGCAGAAUCAGGCAGCUCACCGAGGAGAGGAGCACGCUGGCCAACGUGGCGCUGGUGAGGUCGAAUGUGGCGCGGGCGACCAAGAUUGCGGCCGAGCUGUCGAACAUGUUGAAGGAGGGGACGGAAUCCGCCCCAUCAAACAAACAAUUCUCCGGAUUUGACGCGGCUCCCAAACCCGCGACGAAAGUUCAGACCCCGAAGUCGAGCAAAGCGGACGUUCUUGUCGCGGGAUCCGUUGCUGUUGACCUCAGCUGUGACUACCAACCCCUUAACAGCAAAAGUAAAGAAGUCUCUCCUCACAUGCAUACAUCCAACCCGGCCUGUAUCAACCAAUCCAUCGGCGGCGUCGGUCACAACGUCGCUCUCGCUGCGCAUAGGGUGAGCAAGGACGUAAGCGUGCGCCUCUGCAGCAUGGUCGGAGACGAUGUCGCUGGAAAGACUGUCCUCUCCUCCCUCGAAUCCUCGGGCCUCGACACGACCUACAUCCGCCAGCUCGGCUCCGAGUACCACCACUCGAACCGCACGGCGCAGUACGUGGCCGUCAACGACGCUGAGAAGAACCUCGUCGUCGCCAUGGCGGACAUGGGCAUUUUCGCCAACCACUCGUUCCCGGACUACUGGAAGUCGGCCGUCUCGGGCGCGCGGCCGGGCUGGCUCGUCGUCGACGGCAACUGGAGCCCCAAGGACAUCCGGGCGUGGGUGCAGGCCGGGCGGGAGCAGGGGUGCGGCGUGGCCUUCGAGCCCGUGUCGACGGCCAAGUCGGUCGGUCUCUUCCAUAAGGAGCACCCGUACCUGGGCGUGUUCCCGGACCCCGGCAUCGAUCUCGCAUCGCCCAACAACUUUGAGCUCUCGGCCAUGUACGCCGCCGCGAAGGAGAACGGCUUCUUCGACACGCCGGAGUGGUUCGGGGUCAUCGACGCGUUUAACAUGCGCGGGGCGCGGGACCGAUUUGUGCGGCUUACGUCCGCGGAGAUGACGGACGCUGGGAUCCCCGUGCAGACGAUCCACUUGCUGCCGUAUAUUCCCACGCUGGUCACGAAGCUGGGGUCCAGGGGAGUUCUGUUGACGACGAUUCUGGGGCGGGAUGACCCCCGUCUAAAGGACAGGAACGAGGAGAGGUGGCUGCUGACGAGGGCGCCGGUUGACCAUCCUACCGUCGGAGGAGUCUACAUGCGUCUUUUCCCGCCGGCGGAGAAGGUCCCGCUGGAGGAGAUCGUGUCCGUGAACGGCGUGGGAGAUACGUUCCUGGGAGUCAUGAUCGCGGGUCUGGCGAAGGGUGGCAAGGUUGAGAAGUUGAUUGACGUUGCGCAGAAGGCGGCGGUGUUGACGCUGAAAAGCCACGAGAGUGUGAGUCCUGAUCUGGGACGGUUGGACGAGGCGUUGAAGGCCGCUGUGAGGUCUUAG